CAUAAACGCAGUGAAAUAGUUCAUGUCUUCCCACCUCUCCCCUUCUUUUUCUCUCUCUGUGUAAUGAAAAUGGUAACGUGCAUAUUUUUUCAAACACUUUUUCAGUCUCCCCAGUUGCCACUUCUGAGAAAAUGCGGAAUGUUCUGAAGAUAGAAAAAAGAUGUGUUAUUUUAUUUUAUUGUCUACAACUCCGCCUUCUUUUGCAUAAGGGGCGGGGCGUGGGGAAGGGGCUUGAGCCGGAGCAGUGAGGCAGCUCGGGGGAACUAGACCUGGGUAGCCUUGCUCCACCGAACUAGAGGAACGCUGCUAGGUCUGGCUUGCGAUUCCUCCGGGCUUCUGGGUGAAGCUAGCCACCGCGCGCGGCCAGGAGCGACGAUGGAGAGACUGGUGUUCAGGAGCUUCUUCUGCCAUCUCUCUACCUUCCAACUGAUUUGGUUCAUGGCAGCAGGGAUGCUGUGCAGGGCACAAGUGGUGACCCAAGAUGUAAGAGAGCGGCUGAACACACCUGCUUCUUUAAGAUGCUCUCUGCAAAAUCCCCAGGAAGUUUUGAUUGUGACAUGGCAAAAAAUCAAGGCUGUGAGCCCAGAAAACAUGAUCACCUUCAGCAAGAACCAUGGGGUUGUAGUUCAGCCUGCUUAUAAGGACAAGAUAAACAUCACCCAGCUGGGACUCAUGAACUCAACCAUUACCUUCUGGAAUACCACCUUGGAGGAUGAGGGUUGUUACAAGUGCCUCUUCAAUACCUUUGGUGCCGGGAAGAUCUCAGGAAUAGCCUGCCUCACCCUCUCUGUACAGCCCACAGUAUCCCUUCACUAUAAAUUAUCUGAAGACCAACUAAAUAUCACUUGCUCUGCCAAUGCUCGCCCAGCCCCUAUGAUCUCCUGGAAGAUAUCUGGGUCAGGGAUUGAGAACAGUACUGAGAUUCUCGUACACCCCAAUGGGACAACGUCUGUCACCAGCAUCCUCCAGAUCAAAGACCCCAAGAGUCAGGUGGGGAAGGAGGUGAUCUGCCAGGUGCUGCACCUGGGGACUGUGACUGACUACAGGGAAACUGUGAACAAAGGUAAGAGAGGGUGGGCAAAGCUUGCUGUGGUCACAUUUGUGGACACACACCUGGAAGGUGGUGAAAGAGCCUCUCAGCGGCCUGUUAGCAAAGGAGCUGAUAAGGACGAGAAUGAGGUAAGUAGGGGAAGAAAAACAGAGCUGAGGAAGCCAAUAAAGUCAGUUUUACUUUGGCAAAUGUACACUGCCCACAUACCACAUGCUUUUGCUGAGAUCCACCCAUUGACUUAUUCUUCCUUGCUACUAACUGAGCAUUUGUUAUGCCAGAAAUUCAACAGUGAGGACUCAGUCCCUACACACGGGGAGCUUCUGGUCUACCCAGGAAUGCAGAAGGGGCUGGGCAGUGGUAAAACUGCAUGUUAAUGCUUCAGUAAGAAAGCUGUGAUUGGCCAGAAGGGACCUACUGUAUAGCACAGAGAAUUCUACCCAGUAUUCUGUGAUAAUCUAUGUGGGAAACGAAUCUGAGAGAGGAUGGAUAUGUGUUUACGUAUGAUGGGGUCACUUUAUUAUGCAGCAGAAAUUUUCACAACCUUGUAAAUGAACAUUAUCUCAAUGAUUUUUUUUUUUUUUUUUUUUUUUUGCUUUUUAGGGCCGCAAAAAGCAAAUGGAGGUUCCCAGGCUAGGGGUCUAACUGGAGCUACAGCUGCCAGCCUGUGCCACAGCCAUAGCAAAGCCAGAUCCGAGCCACGUCUGAAACCUACACCAUAGCUCAUGGCAACGCCAGAUCCUUAGCCCACUGAGCAAAACCAGGGAUCGAACCCGCAACCUCAUGGUUCCUAGUCUGAUUCAUUUCUGCUGCACCAUGACAGGAACUCACAAUAAAAAUUUUUAAAAAGACUUUUUAAAAAAGAAAGAAGACUGUGGUAGGUGUUGCCACUGUGGCACAGAGGGUUAAGGAUCCAGCACUGUCUCUGCUGAGGUUCUGGUCAUUGCUGGGGCCUGGGGUGGAUCUUCAGUUGGGAACUUCCAUAUAGUGCAGGUGCAGAAGAGAAAGAAAGAAAGAAAGAAAGAAAGAGAGAGAGAGAGAGAGAGAGAGAAAGAAAGAAAGAAAGAGAGGAAGAGAGAAAGUAAGAAAGCAAGAAAGUGAAAGAAAGAAAAGAAAGAAAGAAAGAAAGAAAGAGAAAAAGAAAGAGAAAGAAAAGAAGGAAAGAAAGGGGGAGGAAGGGAGGAAAGAGGGAGGGAGGAAGGCAGGAAGCUGUGGUAGAACUGAGGUUGUGGAGAAGAGGCAUCUGCUCAACCUGGUGAGACUGAGAUGUUUUCCUGCAAGAAGCCACAUCUAUGAUGAAACCUUUGCAUAGUCUACACUGUGGGAAAGGGGCUGAUCUGAGGUGUUUUUCUCACCUCCUUUGAAAACAAACUGUAUUCUGUUCAAGACCCCUUUUACUCUCUUGCGUUUCUAUCUAAACUACUACCUCUGGGCCUCAUCAAUACAAGAGGUAAAAAUUAUGGAAGAGAAUAAAGGGAGCCAAGAUUUUAGGGACGAGACAUUUCAAUGAUCACAGCCACAGCUGAUUUUCUCUAGGUAGUUUUGAAACACUAACUCUGGAUAAGCCUCAUAAAAAAGAUACUGCUGGUUUUUUCUGCGGACAUUGUGAACAUUAUAACUUGGAAAAGCUUAUGUCUUGAUGGUACGGUGGCCUCCAAAGACAUCUCCUGUAGUCAUUUCUGGGGCCCUUGAAAAAGUAGACAAUCAAAAUUUUAAAAAAUUCAACAUUUAGGUAAACUUGGUCAAGAGGUUUGUGGUGUUGAAUUUGGACAUCAUAUUCAGCCAGAGUGAAAGGUAAAUUUGCUGAAAAACAAGAACCUGAAGGGAAUGUGUCUUCCAAGAAUGCCAAAAUUGGAGAUCCAUCCUGGCUCAGCGGUUAACGAACCCAACUAGCAUCUAUGAGGGUUCUAUCUCUGACCUCGCUCAGUGGGCUAAGGAUCCAGCAUUGCUGUGAGCUGUGGUGUAGGUCACAGACGCUCAUCGGAUCCAGGGUUGCUGUGACUCUGGUGUAGGCCGGCAGCUAUAGCUCUGAUUCAACCCCUAGCCUGGGAACCUCCGUAUCCCUUGGGUGUGGCCCUAAAACGACAAAAAAAAAAAAAAAAAAGCCAAAAUUGACUUAUUUGUAAUGUUUAUACAUCAUUUAUAUAAUGUUUGUCCAGUGUGCAAACAUAUAUGAAGGCUCUUCCAUGCUGAGAGCUUUAUGUCUAGCACUAGAACUACUGAAGUUAGAGAAAUCUGAAGGUGCUCAGUUAAACUGUGACUUGACAGAUCCCACUAUAAAGGAAUGGAGAAGAUUCUGGAGAUGCCAAAAUUGGGGCAUGCCCUUCUGCCUUUGUAUCACACAGGGACACUAAGGAGCUGAUGUUCUGGUUAAAUUGCGUUUAUUGACUAUCAGAAAGAGGUUUAAUAACAAAGACAGAGAUUAGAAGGAAUAUGGUGAUAACACUGAGAUGAGUUAUUCCUGGGGGUUGGAAUCAUGAGAUUCAUUAGAUUUUUUUCCUUUCUAUUUCUCUGUAUUUUCCAAAAAUUCCUCAAUAAACAUAUUACUUUAAUGGACAGUGUGGCAAAGAAUAUGUACUUUGUAGGCAAACAGACCUCUGACCAAGCCUUGUUCUAUCAUUUACUACCCUGAUUUUUGGGCUUAUUUAACUUCCCUAAGCCUCAGGUUUGUUUUCUUUAAAAAAAAAA